GGAAAUAUAAAGUAAUCAAAACAUGAACAGCAGUUCGAUUGGUGGCACGGAAAAGCUUCACAAAAAGCAUAAAUGCAAAAUGGUUUUUAAAAUAAUUGGCGAUUAUGUAACACAAUUUUUAGGCCAUACAACACUCCAAGGACUCAUUUAUGUUGGUAAUUCGCAACUGUCCAUCUGGGAAAGGGCUUAUUUUCUCAUCUGGUUUGUGUCUGUUAUAACUGUGGCCAUAAACUUUGCGACGAAUGUCUACACGCGUUGGGAAACGACACCGGUUAUUAUAGCUUUGGAGGCACAUACGACUGAAAUACGCACCACACCCUUUCCAGCGAUCACUAUAUGUAACAUGAACCAAGCUCUACGCAGCCAAAUCAAAAACUUUUCGCACGAUUCUUUGGGCUAUGCCAUGACUCAGAAGAUUUGCUUUCAAGACGUAGAUUACAGUCAGUUCGAUGACUUGAAACCCGCUUCAAAGGACGACACAUUCAUGAAUUUCAUCUGGCGCGUGAAUGGUCAGACGUGCGACAAUAUGAUUGUAUAUUGCCGCUUUGGUAACAAGGAGGACCGCUGUACUGACUUCUACCGGGAGGUACUUAUGGAUGAAGGAAUUUGCUGUGCCUUCAAUAUCUUACAUCCAUCCUAUUUAUACAAGGGGAAAUAUAUAUUUGUACGUGAUUUCACUUCCUCUAUUGGCACCAUACCUGUAGACUGGAAUUCGGAGACUGGUUAUGCUGAUAACAUGCCACUUUACUAUUAUCCUCGUACCGCCGUAGGAGCAGGUGUAACUUUGGGAUUUACUUUCGUUCUCAAUGCUAACCUUAGCGAAUAUAUUUGCUCUUCAACUUUUAGUACCGGGUUGAAGGUGAUCACUCACAAUCCAAUCGAUACACCGCACGUUAAAGAGACAGGGUUAUCGGUCCAACCAGGUUAUCAACACCGUUUUCGAUUGAACAUCGACAGUUCAAAGGCGCUACCUUCGACUCGUAGUAUAACGCCACAACGUCGCCAAUGUCUCUUCAAUAACGAACUGGAAUUGUUAUAUUUCCGUUACUACACACGACGCAAUUGUGAGAUGGAAUGUGAUUCCAAAUAUUUUUUACGUCGCUGUCAGUGUAUUCCAUACCACAUGCCACUCAUCUAUCAGAACGCUAGUGUAUGCCAUGUGAAAGACUUUAAUUGUGAAAGUAUUGCCGAGGCGGAGGUCAACGAUGAGCAGCAUGUGUCUUGUAAGCGUGAGUGCCUACCGGGGUGUUUUAAUUUGGAAUACUUUCCAACGGUCUACCGGACACCAUUGGCGAACACUUCUUUUGUUUUUAAAGAUAAGUUCUUUGGAAAUUUUACAAAGAAAGAGAUACACGAAAACUUCGCUCUAGUGCAAGUAUACUUCGCCGAUGAUUUGUUUAGGUCCAAGGUUAGAUCACCGUACACCAGCUUUACGGAUUACCUCUCACAAACUGGUGGCAUUAUGAGUUUGAUGGUUGGUUUCGGGGUUAUAUCAGUGCCUGAGUUCUUUUACUUCUUCUUCAUUCGACCAAUGUUCGAUUUAAUUUUGAAGCGACUACCAUGUGCUGUGCGCCAAGUGACUGCAAGGAAACUUCGAAAAGGUGAAAAUGGAAAUAGACUUCUGUUUGAAGAUAAGCAUCCACAUUUUGCGAGAAUGCCGUUCGCCACGAGCCGUCGGCCUUUGAAGCCUUUUAAUGGUUAUAACAGCAAGAAGGUAUACAAUAGCUUAAUGAAAAAGAUGCCAAUACAAAGGGAGCAACUUUUAAAUAUCGACAUGGAGAAGGCAGGUUUGUUCCCGUACACGGAAUGAACCGUUGAUACCUUUCCGCUGCGUAUCCUCUUUUUAUUCCCCACUUGUUUGAAAACAACACAUACGCUAUCCCCGAAAGUUUUGAGAAGAAGCUCUGAUUUCCGAAUAUAAAAUCCGUUAACACCAUAGCUGAAAUUAUCAGGAACAUCUCUAAAUUACGAUAAACUUAAUUAUUAUUUGAAAUUAAAACAAAGUUGAAAUCUGAUGAGUCAUUAUAACUGUAAUCAGAUGCUUUGAAAUUUUAAAAUAAGAUUCGGCAGAUUGUCAAGUUUUUUAUAUCCUAAACAGGGUAUGUUAAGUUUGCAACACAUUGUAACACUAAGAAGGAAAAAUCGGAGACUCUAUAAAAUACGUAUAUAAAUGAUCACCAUGAUGAACUGAGUCGAUUUAGCCAUGCCCGUCUGUC